AUGAGUCAAGUCAGGAACCUUCGGGCGAUGUUUGAAAACAAGGGCGAUGCCGUAAGCCCUCCCGAGCGUGGACGUACCCCUGGCCCCUCUGGCAAUAUAGACGCGAAACCGCUCUCGAAAGUUCGGACCAAUUUUAUCGCUAUUGAAAAGGACGGUAGGGUUGGCCUCCGGAGAGAUCAUAGUGACGAGUCAAGUGUUUCAAGACGUCGUCUAAGUAACGAAACCACCGAAGGUGCCGAAACGGUUGCUACCAGCGUCCCCGAGAAGCCCGAGUCCAUCAUAGCCCUUGAAGAGCCGGUCAAGAGCAUUCAUAUCGAAUUCAGCACAGAGCCGGUCCCGAUCUCCUUUGCCCCCGAGACUCACCCGACCACGGUGAGCAGGGCUUCGGCUGCUUCCGCUUCUCCCCAGGGGCCGCCUCAAGAGCCAAAGGUCAAAUUGGCUCCAAAGACGGCACCCAAGUCGGGCACAAAACAAGCCCGAGACCCCCCAACUAAGCCGAGCACCGACGCAAAGGCCGACACUCGUCCUCGCCCCGCACAUCUUCCCGUCUCCUCCGCUGCUAAGCCUCCCACAAGAGCUGGUGCAAAGUCUCCCUCAGUCGUCAAGCCUCUCGCCAGCCCCUCUCUCCGCGAGCCCAGGGUCGCGAAGGCCCCGCGUUCCCCGGCACUCGUUGCUCCAAAGAAGACGACGGCAACUGCCACGCCCACCAAACCGGCUUCCGCGGCCCCCUCCCAGAAGGCUACACCAUCCUCCGCCGCCAGAAAGCCGCCGCCGAUCCAUGUUUCUCCCUCCAAUAGCUUGACUUCGGGCAUCGGCUUCGUUAAGCCCAAGCCCAAGUCUCCGACGAAGCCAGUCAAGCUCCCCGCAAGCCUCAUGGCACAGACCGCGGCAUCAGGCUCCAAGAUCAACUCGGCACGUCUCUCCUCAGGCUCUGCUGGUAGCCAUCAAGCGGCACAGUCCCUCGUUCGUUCCUCAAGCCGGGCUAGCACCUCAACGGCCGCCUCCACGCUCAGGCGGAAAUCUUCCUCCAUCGGUCGUCCCCGACCUAGUGUGGGGCCCCCGCCUAAGAAGACGACUCCGGAGAAACCUGCUCUCAAGAAGGAAAAGCAGGUUGAUGAAGGCUUCCUCGCUCGCAUGAUGCGUCCAACUCAGAGUUCCAAGUCGAAAACCUCGGAGAAAGCUCCCGUCACUCCACCGAGGAAACCCCCGGUUAAGCGCGCCCCUACUCGGCAGGGUGACCGGUCUGGGCAGCGGGGAGAGAACCGAGUCAGGAGCGUCUCUAGCAACAGGAGGCUAGCUUCUCGAUCUGUUAGCCCCUCAAGGACAGCGACUCCCGGCAGCGCGGCGAAGGAACCACCUGCUGCAGAGCCCAUUACGGAAGAGAUGGUCGAGGCUGUAAAGGCGGCCGCUAGCAAGACAGCUCCCGCGGAGCCUACAGAACCGGCUGCCGCCGCAGACGCCAAGGACGCGGAGGUCGCUGAGCCGACUAUCGAGCCCGUGGAGAAGUCUCAGGAACCUGAAGAGCCUGAAGAGCCGGCCGUGGAACAGCCCUUGACCCAGGAGGAUUCUACUUCAGUUGCCGAGCUUGCCUCUGACGUCGCGAAGCUCGAAAUCAAUGAAGAGCCCGUUGAGACUGCGGAGAUUGCUCCAACUGUUGCUCCGAUCGAAGCAGACGACGCGGUCGAGGCGGUCGAGCCUACCGUGUCUGACGAAACGGAUGUCAUUUCCCCAUCCGAGGCCGCUGCCGUUGAAGACGGCCCCGUGAUUGCCCCUGAAGCCGAUGCCGUGGCAGCUAUUUCCACUACCGAAGCCGAGCUGGAGACGUGGUAA